AUGAGAUCGCAAGCAUGUGAGCCGUGUGCGAAGCGCAAAGUGAAAUGCGACAGGGCAGAACCUCCCUGCUCCAAUUGCAAGCGACGCAAAAAUGACACUUGCAUUUAUCCUGAGCUUUCCCCCUUUGAGAGGAUCAAAAAGCUUGAGGAUAUCGUCAGAUCCUUGGGUGGUGAUCCUGCGUCGGAAAAUGCUGAAAGUCCGUUGGAGAAUCGUCAAAGGCCGAAAGGUUCUGUCUCCACUGAUUCAAGUCAUGUUCAGACGCCAGUGAUGGUGCAGCAAGAGGGGAAGGCAGUUUAUCAUGAGUCAGAAGGAUGGCAGACCUGGAUUGAUGUGAACAAAUUAUACCAAGGCACAAAGGCGCCUUUCAAUCCCGCUGACCCUCGAGGAUCAGCCUUAUCGCCAGCUAAAUUCCUUCCGCAUGCCUUCAAUGGUUCGCCGUGGCGGGAUAAUAGCCUUAUCUCAGAGUCACUUUCUUUGCAAAUGCCAACUCUGGAAGGUGUCAAGCUCUGGGAUGUUUUCAUGGAACGUGUGGAGCCUGUGGUAAAGAUCAACUUCAAAUGGACUCUUUCCCAUCUAAAAGCUGCGAUAUCCGACGGAGAUAAAUGGGACCGUCUUGAAGAUGGUGAAAGGGCUCUAAUUUUGUCUACAAGGCUGUUCGCGGCAGUCAAGGGCUAUCCUCACAGCUUGGCAACGAUAAAAGCCUUUUGCUUCUACAUAAAAGCCAACAUCGACGCUCUAACAUCUCGUAGUCUAUGGACAUUGAUGGGCCUCGUAUCACGUUCCGCAGAGCAACUCGGCAUCCAUCGAGACGGCACAGUCCUCGGUCUCUCACCCAUCGAAACAGAAGAGCGACGAAGAAUCUGGUGGCAGCUCCAACAUCUCGAUCUUAUCCUAUCUCUCAAAAAUGGCGUCACACCUUUAUCAUUCGGAACAGCAUGGGAUGUUAAACUUCCUCUCAACAUUGAAGACGAAGAUCUGGACCCAAACGCAAAAGACCCACCCAAACAACGAACAGGCCUUACAGGGUUUGCUUACACCUGCUUUACCUACUAUUUGUUAGAGGCACAGCGUGGUUUUCGCAUCACGCAGGCUAGACAGGCAACAGCGGGCGAGGGGUCCUUGCUGGGUUGUUUGGCCGAUUCAAUGAUUGAUGGGCUGGAAAAGGGGCUCAAUGAAAACUUUCUACAGUACUGCGAUCCGAUAAACCCCCUGCAUACACUCCUGCAGAUCUCUGCGCGGGCUGUGGUCAAUAUUCUGCGGCUGCGAAAGUAUCACGAAGCAAAGAUGCGGUCGAAUAGCGCAGACGAUAAAUGUCACAGUGAGCAUUUCAACUUGUGUGUUCAGGCAAUGAGAUACCAGGCUGUGUCUUAUGCGAAUCCUCUUUUGCAAAAGUUUCGCUGGCUGGCUGAGACUUCAUUUGUGUGGUAUGCUCACGUCACAAUAAUCCAAUCAGCCUGGUCACUACUUGAAGACCUGUAUACCUCUGCACAUCAUUUGACGGACAUGUCAGAAGACAGACGAGUUUCGCACGCUGCCAAGUCUGUUAUCGCAACGUGGAAUGAGUGUCGACAAAAACCUGGGUUGGAGUACAUGGAGAAACCGAAGUUUGUGUCAGAUUUGGAGGAGCUUUUGGCACAAGACGAAAGGAAUAUAGCUGGUGACGCAGGUAGAAAGGAGAAUCAGAUGGAUACGGUGAUGGACUUUGGGCAAGGAAGGACUGGAGACGAUGACUUGCAACCGUUUGGGUUUGAGUUUGCGGAUAUUGAUUGGGCUUUCUGGGAUAGUAUUAGUUAG